AUGUGGCUGCAGAAUUUACUUUUCCUGGGCAUUGUGGUCUACAGUUUCUCAGCACCCACCCGCUCGCCCAACCCUGUCACCCGGCCCUGGAAGCAUGUAGAUGCCAUCAAAGAAGCUCUGAGCCUCCUAAAUGACAUGCGUGCUCUGGAGAACGAAAAGAACGAAGACGUAGACAUCAUCUCUAAUGAGUUCUCCAUCCAGAGGCCGACAUGUGUGCAGACCCGCCUGAAGCUAUACAAGCAGGGUCUACGGGGCAACCUCACCAAACUCAAUGGCGCCUUGACCAUGAUAGCCAGCCACUACCAGACGAACUGCCCUCCAACCCCGGAAACUGACUGUGAAAUAGAAGUCACCACCUUUGAGGAUUUCAUAAAGAACCUUAAAGGCUUUCUGUUUGAUAUCCCUUUUGACUGCUGGAAGCCGGUCCAGAAAUGAGGAGGC